AACAAAAAAUGGCAUCCCUUAAAUUAUUCAACAGCUUGAAGUCAUCAAAUCCAACGGUCGCCUUAAAUGUACAACGUUCCUUAUUAACAAAAUGUUUACGGAAUCAAAAACGUUUUUAUGUCCUCUCAACAGCAGUUAAUAGUAAUUUUCCAAAUCAAUUGUCAUCAAGUGAUCUCGCAAAUAAAUGUGAUAUUUUAAAUUUACAACAAAGAAAAAUGUCGUCAGUUGGGGAGAAGCCAAAAUUAGUGAAGGUAGAGGAAUCCAGACGUUUUAUGAUCGAUUGUUUUAAGGCCGUCAAUGUACCACAAGAACAUGCUGAACAACAGGCCGAUCUAUUGGUGGCAGCCGAUUAUCGUGGUCAUUUCAGUCAUGGUAUGAACCGUUUGGAAAUGUAUCUCAAUGAUUUGAGUAUUAACUCUACAAAUGGUGCUGCUAUACCUACCAUUCUUAAGGAAACUCCCUCUACUGCCUGGGUGGAUGGUAACAAUGGUCUUGGUGCCGUUGUGGGCAAUUUCUGUAUGGAUUUGGCCAUUAAGAAGGCUAAACAAGUGGGUGUUGGUUGGGUUUGUGCCAAGGGCUCAAAUCAUUAUGGCAUGGCUGGCUGGUAUCCUAUGAGAGCCAUGAAAGAAGGCUUAGUUGGUAUGUCCAUGACUAAUACCUCUCCCUUAAUGGCUCCUACCCGCUCCAAACAGGCUGCUUUAGGUACAAAUCCCUUGUCUUUGGGUGUUCCCGUAAAAGAUGACAAAUUUUUGCUUGAUAUGGCCACAACUGCUGUUGCUGUUGGUAAAAUUGAAAUCCAACGUCGCAAAGGUGAAGCUUUGCCCCAUGGUUGGGCUCAAGAUCCUAAUGGUGCUGAGACUACCGAUCCCGAUUUGGCCUUCCAAACUGGCUGCCUUAUGCCUUUGGGUGGUGCUGAAAUUAAUUCUGGCUACAAAGGUUACGGUUUGGGUGCUUUAGUAGAUAUCUUAUCUGGCGUUAUGUCUGGUGCCAACUACUCCACCAAGGUGCGUAAAUGGACUCAUGCUGGUGCUAACUCGGCAGCUGAUUUGGGUCAAGUAUUUAUUGCUGUCGAUCCCAAUUGCUUUGCUCCCGAUUUCGAAGAUAGAAUGACUGAUUUCAAUGCCCGUUUGCGUGGCUGUGAACCCACUAAUCCCGAAAAACCUGUACUUGUUGCUGGUGAUAAGGAAUCUUUAAAUAUGAAAGCUGUCGAUGCUGCUGGUGGUAUUCAAUAUUUACCCAAUCAAUUACAAACUUGCGAAAGCUUAUCGAAACGUUUCAAUGUCAAACCUAUUAGUUUUGCUUAAUUCUAUUUAACGUCUAUAAAGACCCCCACCGGUCAUAAAUUUUUGUUUUUGUUUAAAUUUAAUUUUACGUAAUAUUUUUUUUCGUCUUUAAGCAUUUAAAAUAUCAUAGAUU